AUGAGUGUGAGUGUGUUGUGCUGGUGCUCUGAAGGGGGAGCGGCUCAGGAUGGAGAGACUCCGUGGUUUAACGGUUGGGCCUUUAAUUUACCUCGAGGUCAGUCGCUGCUCGACAAAUGGAACCAGAUCCCAGAAGGAGUCGACAUCCUGAUGACGCACGGACCCCCACUCGGUUUCAGAGACUGGGUUCCUAAGGAGUUACAGAGAGUGGGCUGUGUGGAGCUGCUCAACACGGUGCAGAAGAGAGUCAGACCCAAACUCCACGCCUUCGGAGGAAUCCACGAAGGUUAUGGUUUGAUGACGGACGGUUACACGACCUUCAUAAAUUCGUCGACCUGCACCGUGAGCUUCCAGCCGACCAACCCGCCCAUCGUGUUCGACCUGCCCAACCCGCCGGCGUCCUGAGACCCCGCCCUCUUCACCUGACCCCGCCCCCACCUGUCCCCACAUGACCCCGCCCCCUGCUCUCCAAAGCCCCGCCCACUUCAACCUAAAAAACCCGCCCACUUCCUCCUGCACGGCAAAAAACAACGACGACGACGACGACUCUGCACAGGUUUAAAAUAAAAAAAAAACUCCUUUAUCCUGAUUUUAAACGUUUUUAAAUUGCAAAAAAACAGAACCAAAUUUUUUUUUAACUGUUUGCAGUUUUUCGCAAAUUUUAAACACCGGAGAAGUAAGACGAACGACAACUAGCAUGUUAACAGAGCACUUCUUGAGUCUCGGGCAGGAAAACACUUUUUAUUUUGAUGAAAACAAAACACAGCAGAUUUAUUUUGACGUCGACACUUGAUUAUUUAAAUAUUUUACUCAAAAAUUUUACCUUUUUUUACCCGAGACAGUCCAGGUUUUGAGUCUGUGUCUCAGUUUUAUUCAAAAAAUGUUUAGACUUGAUUAAAUCCUCAUUUAGAGCUGGUUUAGGACCCAGUUUAGACCUGGUUUAGACCUGGUUUAGACUCGAUUUAGACCUGGUUUAGGACCCGGUUUAGACCUGGUUAAAUUUUGGUUUAGUCCUGGUUUAGACCUAGUUUAGUCCUUUUCUAGACCUAGUUUAGUCUUGGUUUAGACCUGAUUUAGACCUAGUUUAGACCUGGUUUAGACUCUAUUUAGACCUGGUUUAGGACCUGGUUUAGACCUGGUUAAAUCCUAGUUUAGUCCUGGUUUAGUCUUGGUUUAGGACCCAGUUUUGACCUGGUUUAGACCUGAUUUAGGACCCAGUUUAAACCUGGUUUAGUCUUGGUUUAGACCUGGUUUAGACCUUUUCUACACCUGGUUUAGACCUGGUUUAGUCUUGGUUUAGACCUGGUUUAGACCUUUUCUAGACCUGGUUUAGACCUGGUUUAGUCUUGGUUAAAUCCAAGUUUAGUCCUGGUUUAGACCUGAUUUAAAUUUCUUCCCGUCACUUGCAAAAAACAAACUAAACAAGGAUUUUAAACUGGACAUUUUCUGUUUUAUCUGGAACGUUCCACAGUGGAGCUUUAAACCCAUCGAUCUCAGUACAGCUCAGAUCUGUGGAGAGGCGCCCCCGUUUUCAGAGCUGUUGUAUUUUUGAGCAACAGAAUUUCCCAAAUAAAUGAAUAAAUGUUUGUUGGAUAAGUUUAAAGUCACAGUGUGGAACAGUAAAAAGAGGCAAAAAUUAUAGUUUGGGUAAAUUCCAAAAAAAUCUGCUGAAAAACGACAAAAAGAAAAAGAAAAUGUGACUAAACCAUCUCACGUGUUCGUCAUGAAUUUUCACUACGUAAUAUUUUUUUUAAAUUCCGCUCUCAUUUCACAAUUUUAUUAUCACCAAACUCCAAAAAACGAGGAUGUCCCAGUUUUUUAUUUUGAAAUAAAUGAAAUGAAAUGAAAACUGUUCACAGCAACAACGUCACAAACCUGAUGUGAUGUUGCAGGUUAAAUCCAGGUUUAGUCCAGGUUUGGUCCUGGUUUAGUCCUGGUUUAGUUUUGGUUUAGUCCCGUUCUAGACCUGGUUUAGUUCUGGUUUAGACCCAGUUAAAUCCUGGUUUAGACCUGGUUUAGUCCUGGUUUAGACCCAGUUAAAUCCAGGUUUAGUCCUGGUUUAGUCCUGGUUUAGUUUUGGUUUAGUCCUGUUCUAGACCUGGUUUAGUCCUGGUUUAGACCCAGUUAAAUCCAGGUUUAGUCCUGAUUUAGUCCUGGUUUAUUAUCACCAAAACGAGGACAUCCCAUUUUUUAUUUUGAAAUCUGCUUUUUACUUUUUUUUAAAAUCCCUAAAAUGGUAAAAUUUUGGAUGUUUUUUUUUUUUUAAACCUGUGCAGACGUUUUUGUGUUUUUGUGUUUUUUCCGUGCGGAUCGUCAGACUCCCAAACCAGCACCACUUUUCUAUAAAUAUUUCUUGUUUAAUUGAAAAGUCAAAAUUGUGCGGCGGCGAGCGUUUGCGCAGACUCCGCCCCCUCGCCGCGGGGAGGACUGUGCCGGACUGGAAACGCCGCCGCCGCCGCCGCUGCGAUGGUUUUUUUCUCUAAACUGUUGUUGUAAAAAGACUGUGGGGGGGUUUAUCGUCGGGGAAUAUCGGCGUUCGUAUCGGUGCCAUAUUUAACUCAAAACGCUGGAGAAAAAUCGGAGUCUUUUGAGGAGUUUAAAGCUCCACUGCGGGACUUUUCUGGGGGGAAAGACUCGAACCUGAAGCUGCUCGUCGCCGUGGAGAUGAUAGAGAUUUGUCUGGAAGGUUCCACGGUAAAAGAUUAAACCAGAAAACUGACCUGGUUUAGACCUGGUUUAGACCUGGUUUAGAUCUUUGGACCAGUUUAUUAUUGACAAAGUCCUGGUUGAGUUCUAGUUUAGUCCUUUAUAUCCUGGAGUAGCCACAUUAGGGCCUGGUUUAGACCUGGUUUAGACCUGGUUCAGGCCUGGUUUAGUUCUGUUCUAGACCGGUUCUAGACCUGGUUGAGCCCCUGUUAAG